UACGAAGUCACAUACGGAGGUGCCGGCGGGGUUUACGGGGGCGGGGGGUGGGGCUGCAGGGGCGGGGCUGGUGUGGGAAGGGGCAGGGGCGGGGGCUCCCUUGGCCACCCCUACCCUGCCCACGACGCCGCCUUCGCCGCCGCCGCCGCCGCCGCCGCCCUGCCCCUGCACGACCUGUGGCAAACUAACCCAUUCAGAGGGCAGUGCGUGAUGGGACACAGGUACGGUGGCGGCGGUGUGGGCAGCGUGGGGAAAAAGGUACGGCGCCGCGUCCCGUCCCUGGCUCAACGGCGGGCAGCGAACAUACGAGAAAGGCGCAGGAUGUUUAAUUUGAACGAAGCCUUUGAUAAACUAAGAAGGAAGGUACCAACGUUUGCUUACGAGAAGAGAUUGUCACGCAUUGAAACUCUCCGGCUUGCAAUUACAUACAUAUCUUUCAUGACCGAACUCCUAGCAUCUGAACACGACGCCGCUGCUGCUGCUGCCGUCGCUGCUGCAGCCGCCGCCUCAGCCACCCCCGCAGGAAGGGUUGGGGUAGGAAGGGCCGCAGCCACUACUACCACCCCUGCACCACCAAGGCCGCACGAGUGGGACCCUGAGAUGUCCCUUGGAAAACGUGGUGCGGGCCAGUUUGGGGGUCAGCUGUCUACCACUUAACUGUGUGUGUGUGUGUGUGUGUGUGUGUGUGUGUGUGUGUGUGUGUGUGUGUCCAUCUUACCUAUUAUUGUGUCUCGUAACUUAACCUAACUUAACCUGUGUGUGUGUGUGUGUGUGUGUGUGUGUGUGUGUGUGUGUGUGUGUGUGUGUGUGU